UAAACUGACGUGUCCAGCAUGUAUUUCAAUAUUACUGACUGUAAUAAAAUGUAACUCGCCCUACUACUGCAAAUCUAUGCCAACUAUAAAACUGUUUCACGAAUCCCCAUUAGCUGUAAUGAGCCAAAACUGUCUUUGUUUUUUGGCUCUCCUGAGUGUACAUUCUACAACUGAAAUUGGAGAAUAUUUUCCUCGGAUUUUAUGAUUUUUUGGUUCAGGGCAUGGCUAUGAAUGUGACGUGUUUGAAGCAGGAUGGGCUCUGAAAUCUAUGAUGCCGGUGACCCUACACCAAACCGAGGUGCUCUGUCUCCGCAGUUCUAGUUUAGUGCGUUCUUCCAUCAAGUCCAAACCUCUUGAUCAGUAAACACUGCUGAAAUCCGCCAGAAAUGGGCACAGGGGAUUAUAUCUGCAUAACAGUGCGUGGAGGAGCGCCAUGGGGGUUCAGGGUGCAAGGUGGCAAGGACACAAUGCAACCUUUACAGGUUUCAGAGAUUGAAGAAGGAGGCAGGGCUUGCAUUGCUGGCCUGUGCAAAGGAGACGAGUUGGUGUCAAUAAAUGGAGAGCCCUGUUCAGACUUUUCACACUCUGAAGCCACAUCUAUCAUUGAAAGCCUGGCUGACAGCCUGCAAUUGCUUGUGAAACGGUCUUCUUCUGGAUUACAUGAGCUCUCCGAUCCUGGCUCUGAGAAGGAAUACUUUGGUGAAACCAGUGCCUGUGUGGGCCUUGAGAGCACGACUCUGCAGAUCUGGCCAUCCUGCAAGGCCCCCACUCCAAGAGAGCUUUACAUCUCUGAGUCUCAAGAUGAAGCCUACUAUGGAGAGACAGAGAGCGACACAGACCUGUCAGGGGGCACCAGACAGGGCAACCCCAGAUUUCCUGGAACAGAUAUGGAACACCUACGAGAGAGAUGCACCCUAGAACCUCCUAGCAGAGGCAGACAAAAGGGAGAAUUCCACCCCGGAGCAGUAGUGGAGAUCCAAUUGUCCCUCUCAGAUCACAAACACAGAGACCCCCAGGCAACUGCUGUCAGUGUUAUGAGAGGUGAGAAAAGCAGCGCUUUCAGGGGAAAUCAAGAAGAGGAUGGCCAAGACCUUGAAUCAGCCGAUUCAGAGAGUAACAGACAGGAACCAAUCCGCACCAUCAAGACCCAGUCUGUCCAGCUGUCUCGGGUCAAAAGACAGGUGCUUGGAGUAGACGAAUUGGUUAGCUCCUCCUCCUCGUACGGCCAAGUGGAGGUGACCAAAGAGUACUCUGUCUGGGACCAGCAGCUUCACCAGGAAGGGGAGGAGGUGGUAGUGGGGUGCAGGUCUGAGUCUGGUCUGAGUGGGUGUGAUUCUCAAGUGGAAGGAGGGCACAUUGAAGCACCUCCUGCUUCUGUCUCCUUUGGAGUUUCAUCAGAGGGUGAAGAGCAGGGAGAAGAAGAGAGGGAUUCAGAGUCAGAGAAGGAUCACAGCAGACCUAACAAGCACCGGGCAAGGCACUCCAGGCUUAGGCGCAGUGAGAGCCUGUCGGAGAAGCAAGUGAAGGAGGCCAAGUCUAAAUGUAAGCGCAUUGCCUUGCUACUGACUGCAGCUCCAUAUUCCAGCAACAAGGGGGUGUUGAUGUUCAAGAAGCACCGACAGAGGGCCAAGAAGUAUACACUUGUCAGCUACGGGACCGGAGAGAGCGAGCCAGAGGAGGGUGAGGAAGGCUACGACGACGCCAUCGAGGUCACUUUACUGGCCACCAGUGAAUCAGAGCUUGACGAGGAUUUCUUCACUGAUGCCAGCGGCCGAGCCCGCAUUGUGUCAUUUGAUUGGGAUACAGGAUUGCUGGAAAUAGAGAAGAAGCUUAACGACGAGGAAGAGAUGCAAUAUCUGCCUGAGACCAAGGGCAAAGGGGCCCUGAUGUUCGCCAAGAGGAGGCAGAGGGUAGACCAGAUCACGGCUGAACAGGAAGAGAUGCGAAGGAUGGGGAUACCAGUGGAGGACCACAGGGAUGCUGGUACACAACAGAGUUCAGGGGUCACUCAAAGCACUUCUUACCAGAUGCAGGAGAGCUCUUACUCACAGUCCUCAAUGCAAACCAAAAGCCAGAUGAGCCAGGGUUACAUUGACGUCAAUCAGCAGAUGAAGCUGCAGCAACAGCAGCAGCAAAAUCAUGGCCACCCUCCUGGAGGGACCAAUGUAAAUGGAGUCAAUGGGAGGUCCGAGAUGGUUCAUCACAGUUCUGCUUACCAGAAAACUGAAUCCGAGAAGUCUAACAUUACCAACAGAAUGGCCAGGCCCUUCACCGGUGUGCAGAACAGAGUUCCAGCACCGUUUUCCCCUACUAGAAGUAUGACCAGCCCAAUGUCAGAUCUGCCUACCCCAUACUACUCUUCUCUCAGUUCUCAAACAGAGAACAAGUACAGUGUGGUAAUACCUCCUGUGCCUGUCACUACUCACUCGCAAGUGUGGUCACCAACAGAUUCUGGGGAGCAGAUUGCAUCCCGAGAUGAACGGAUCUCAGUUCCAGCAAUCAGGUCCGGGAUUUUGCAGGAGACACGAAAAAGGAACUCUGCAAAGCCCAUGUUUACCUUCAUAGAGCCACCCAAGGUGUCACCUAACCCUGAGCUCCUGCACCUUCUUAACAAAGGGGACAAGCGGGCCCCGCUGGCAGGCUUUGAGUCAGGCCCAGAGGAAGAUUACCUCAGUCUAGGAGCUGAGGCUUGCAAUUUUCUGCAGUCCUCUGCCAUCAAGCAAAAGACGCCUCCUCCUGUAGCUCCCAAGCCCUCUAUCAAACCAGCCUCGCCCCAUUGGUCUCCUCAUCCAAAGGUAUCCAACCAAGCUCCAUCCUUCCCUAUCCAAAAUGCAGUACCGGCUCCUGCUCCUGUGAAGACUGUGGUGGCUCCUCAAGCUCCCCAGUCAGUGGCCUCGGCUCAUUCAUAUUCCUCCAAAACACCACCCACCACUCCAGUUGGUAAUGUAAUGGUAAUGAAGGAUAGAGGUGCUGAGCUGUUUGCAAGCAGGCAGUCUCGUAUGGAGAAGUUUGUGGUGGACUCCUCAACCGUGCAGGCCAACAAACCCAGAUCCCAAUCACCAACCCCAUCCGUGCCUUGCUCAUGGAAAUACUCACCCAACAUCCGAGCCACCCAUCCGUUGUCCUACAAUCCCACCCAGCCUCCCUCCUACCCCACAGGGGCAAUCAAGAACCAGCCCCAGUCUGGCCCUACAGGGAAGACCAAAACCAAAGGGAAAAAACCCACCAAAGUUCUCAAUGCUUUGGAUAUCAUGAAACACCAACCUUAUCAGCUCAACUCCUCUCUCUUUACCUAUGACCCACCCACUGAUGCCAAAGCCCCUCUGCCCAAAGCUGCACCUGCCUCUUUAAAACAGCCCAUCAAGUAUGACCCCCUGCCCCCUGUGAAGUCAGCUGGACAGAUGAAUGCUGCGUAUUCCACCCCACACCAGAAGCCUCAGGUGUGCAAAGGACCAUCCUAUGGGUUAUCUCCUUUGUCGCCAGCCGUGCAAGAUGGUUCCUUCCAGCUUCCUGCUAACGCCUAUGCAACCCCAAGCUACCCGCUGUAUACCAAGCAAGAGUCAUCAUCAUUAGGGAGCACUAUGCUUAGUGCUCCCAGGCCCAAGUUUUCAGCCAAGAAAUCUGGAGUAGCAGCCCAGGGCGUUCAAUGGAGCCAUUCACUUAUCCUGCCUAGAAAGAUGUCAUCACCAGGCUACCAACACAGCUCCCUCUGCACUACCCCUGUAUUCUUGCCUGCUAACGGACUGGUAGAAAGACAAAGCUCUUUGCUGGAUAAAAACUACAAGCCACCGACACCCUGGGAGGCUGCAGCAAGGAACCCGCUGGGUCUCAUAGAUAAAGCUUUUACCUUCCAAAACAUCCAAGAGUCCAUAGCUUUCAAUGUUAUUUCAGCAGCCCAGAGGAAAACACUACCAGAGCCGCCAGCCGAAUGGAAGGAAAGGGUAUCUUAUGUGCCACCUCCAAAAAGUGGAUACAGCUACCUGGGGCAAGGAACUGCCCCUUCCCUGUUAAAAAGUGCCUACUCAGCUCCGGCAUGCACAGUUCAGUAUGGGUCUCCAGUGAAAUACUCCUUUAGCCCACAACGGUCAAUGACUGAAUCCAGCAUCCAGUAUAAGGGUUCAGGAUCUUGCUAUAGGAUGUAUGACAGGUCCAGGAGCGAACCCAAUUAUAAUAUGUAGGAGGCUGUGUGGUCCAGUGGUUAAAGAAAAGGGCUUGUAACCAGGAGGUCCUCGGUUCAAAUCCCACCUCAGCCACUGACUCACUGUGUGACCCUGAGCAAGUCACUUAACCUCCUUGUGCUCUGUCUUUCGGGUGAGACGUAAUUGUAAGUGACUCUGCAGCUGAUGCAUAGUUCACACACCCUAGUCUCUGUAAGUCGCCUUGGAUAAAGGCGUCUGCUAAAUAAACAAAUAAUAAUAAUAAUAUGUGUCCCAAUGCCUGGAGACAGUAAACGUAGAAAAAAAGGAAUUUAUUUUAUGGUGUUUUAUACUAAUACUACAAAAAAGCAUUUUAUUUUCCAAUUAUAAAACAGUUAUAUUGAUUUAGUGCUAUAUAUUUCUGCUCUUGACAUUAAGAGGUCCCAAUGAGUAAGGUAAAUAAGAAGGUAGUGUAGACUACUGGUUCCAGAGAAGUCAGCAGGCUCAACCCAAUAAUUGAGCUGUUGCACAGUAAAAGUAGGAAUCCACACAGUAAAUGAUAUGGUAAUGUGACAUUUUUAAAUCUGUAUUUAUACCAGAUUUAACCAUCUAAUAUUUGUCAACAGUACAGGAAAUUGCAGGCAAAAAAAAAAAUUGAAGAUAUUUGUGUUGGUAUUGUUAAGAUAUGUUGUCAGUAUUGUUCUAGAAUGUAUUGGUAGUUUUCAGUUUUGUUUGGAAUGAGGAAGUUAUGUGGUGAUGAGUUCAGGGCUAAACAAGAAACAAUUUGGCAAAUUUAAGAUUAUAUGUACGAUAAAACUAUACAAUGCGCACGCAGUCUCACAGCAUGGCAUGACAUGAAAUAAUAAACUACUAGCUAAGGCAUUUGUGGUGACUCACAAUUAACAGAGCAGUGUAAUUGCUUUCAUUCAUUUAGAACUAUGAAACAGGCAGACAGUGCUGUUAAAUAAACUCUCACUACCAUCACACUGUAACUCUGUAAUAAUCAGUGGGUGUUUUAUUGCUGUCUUUAUUAACAUCACUAAAUACAAUUAAAAAUAUAUGAUAAAAAGAGGUUUGUCAUAGUGCUCAGUUGAGUUUGAGGGUGGUUUUAUUAAAAGGAUCUGCAGUUAGCUAAUUGGUCUGAAUGCUGUGGUAAAGGAAUUAUGUUGCACCUUUGUGAACACAGGUCUGUAGAGAAGAAAGUAUUCUUAGAACAAAGCUUUCAGUUUGCCUUUUAGUACCUGCCUUGCAUUGGAAAAUAUAUGUCUAGUAAAAUAAUAUAAUACUAAAAAUAAACUAACAUAAUUAGUUUCAUACAGAGUAAAAAUUGUAAUCCUGUGAAAUGUGUUUGAAGGCUAUUGUACCUGUAUGCAAUAUUAAGCAUCAACAGUGUGAUUUAAGUUGUCACGAUAACCAUUUAACAUCCCGUGUGAAAAUAGAAGAACACCAACAUAUUACUAUAUAAAAGUUUUGAACCAUAGCAUAUUUCACAUCAAAUAUGCACAUUAUACAGUAAUGUUUCAGACUCCAUGUCAAGAAAAGCUGUGUACUCCAGUCCACAGGAUAUAAACAGGUGUGGAUAAUAAGCUUAUCCCACUAUAGAGAAUAAUAAAUACAUCUUCAUUUACUACCAUGAGCCACACCUGGUAUGUGGCUGUUAGAAACAACUCAAAUGGAGCACUCUGCUGCCCUGACAUGGAGCCUAUGGAGUUUUCAGUUUCACUAUAUAGCAGGCUCCAUAGAAUAUGAUGUGUUAGCUGUGAUAAUGGUGCCUUCAGUGGUGCAGUAGACUUAAAUGAUGUUAGUUUGUUAGAGCAUUAUUCUGCAUCAUUAGUAACCCUGUUGCCACUGAAAUGUUAGAAUACCAUAAAACAUGUAGUUGAAAGCUCUGUUUAUAUCUGUGUGUUUCUGUAAAUAACAGGCCGUACUAUAUGUGGAUGAGGGAUUUAAAGAAGUGGUCUGCCUGGGUGGCACUGUCUGCUCAGUAUUGUCCUCAAUGAGCUCAAAACCUUGCACUCUCCAUUGAAUUGAAAUACUAAGUCCUGGAUCUAAUGAAACAAGAUUUUUAGUUAUUGUGGCAGCAUCUAUGAAAAUAUGGCUCCCGAGUGGCGCAUCCAAUAAAGGCACUCCGCCCGGAGUGCAGGAUGCGCCCUAUAGCUUGGAGAUUGCCGGUUCGAAUCCAAGCUAUGCCACUGCCGAUCAUGGAUGGUAGUUCUAAGGGGUGGCACACAACUGGCCAAGCACAGGCGGGGUAGGGGUUAGGUCGGCUGGGGAGUCCUUGGCUCACUGCACACCAGCGACCCCUGUGGCUGGCCAGGCGCCUGCAGGCUGGCCUGUACGCAAUUCAGAACUGCGCGGUCCUCCGACGCUGUAAGUUGUGGAUAUGGCCGCAUGGCGGACUUGCAGAGUGAAAAAAAGCUGACAGCACCCAUCUCAGAGGACGCGAGUGCUUAUCUUCGUCUCUCCUGAGUUAGUUCGGGGGUUGCAGUGGUGAGCCAGGUUGAUUGGACAUAAUAAUUGGACGCUCCAAAAAAUUAGGAGAAAAUUGGAAAAUGAAUACAAAUAAUUGUUCAAAACUAAAAUAAAAAUCCCUGUUUGGUCCUAAAAUAAAUGUUUGUAGCCAGAUGUAAUUGUGUAUAUUUAUAGUGUGAAAAUCUAUAAAACAACAUAUUGAGGUGAAAAGGAGUGGUCGACUUUUAAAGUAGAAGACAGAAAAAAAAAGAUGAUACGGAAUGAUUUAUUUACUUUAUGAACCACUUACAUUGCUAUUGAGCACAAAUCGUAAUUGAUGUGUCAUGUUUUAUUAUGUUUAACCUUUUGUUUUUUAAAAAACACUUAAAUGUAUAAUGUUUCUUUUAGUAUUACUAGUACUUACAUUAUGUACAAACUUAAUUACUGCUGUUCCAAUAAUUCCUCAUAAGUCCUGUGCCGCUGCAUAGGAUUUCCUUUGCCUUACUGUGGUUGCCCACAACAAGUGAUUUCAAAUUUGUCUUCCUUGGUCUUCAGUAAUCUACACACUGCCCCCAUUAAAAGACUUAAUGUUUCUAACAGAAAUUGAAGAGUUUGAUGGGAAACUUUGUUUUUAAACUUGCCCUAAAAGCAUGCUCAGUGUGCUCUUAUGUACAAUCCUGACCAUAGCUUCAGGGUAUAACGAAUAUUAGAAUAUUAUGACAAGGGCUAUGAAUGAUAAAUCAAUUUAACAUUCAAUAUCUGAAUAACCUUUGAUAGCAGUUAAGAGGAAUGUCACAUGAAAAUGUUCACUGCAUGAGAUUGUUUCAUUAAACACUUCCAUAAAAGC